AUGACUUCCACAAACUUCGCUGCAGCACAAGAGCGUGUGUUGGAACGGCGCCGCCAACGCGAGCUUGAAGCUCGAAAUCGGCUCGCAAACAGAACAUCGCGACUCCCGGCCGCAUCCAGCAACCUCCCGUACCCCCUAUCCAGCCUGCCUACUCGCGGACUGGCGCUAUGGGAUACCCUUAGAGGCAGAGAAGGGACUAGACCGGCAUUCCGGGUGGGACAGGUCGACGCAGAGUUGCUGGAUGAAGAGCUUAUAACAUUGCUCAAGGGGCAGGUCGGAGAAGGGUUGAAAUACUUCGGUCGUCAUAUAAGGGACGACUGGAACCAUGAGAUCGAUCUGGUGCUUCGUGCGAUCCUUUUCAAGCUGUCGGUAUGGGACCAUAAUGCCUCGUACGGCGCAGCUCUCCAAAACUUGAAAUACACCGAUAGCAGGAGUAAAGGGCCUGUACAUUCUGAUCCGACUAAGCUUCAAAAGUCCUUAUAUGGACUGCUGACGGUUGGUGGACGUUAUGCGUGGGAUAAAUGGGAAAGCUGGAUAAUCCACCAAGGGGGAGGCUAUGAUGAACCACAGUCUUCCAACACGCGAGCACUGUCAAAACUCACCUCUCACCUCUCGACCGCUCACUCAAUCGCCGCCUUUGCAUCCUUCCUCAUUUUCCUGGUUAACGGCCGAUACAGAACGCUAGUCGACCGACUGCUAUGCAUGCGCUUAACCCCGCCGUCGAUGCAGGUUAGUCGAGAAGUAUCAUUCGAGUAUCUUAACCGACAGCUCGUCUGGCAUGCAUUUACAGAGUUCCUCUUGUUUUUGUUGCCCCUUGUUGGAAUCGGGCGCUGGCGCCGAUGGGUGUCUCGAGCCUGGAGAAAGACCAUGUCCUCGCUCCGAGCCACUGGCGAUGAGAACAAGGAGAGGGACCGGGGUGAACUUGGUUUCUUGCCUGAGAGGACAUGCCCUAUAUGUUACCAGGCGCAGAACCCUACUACCACCUCGGAGAGCGACGUUAUAGGCCCCGGAGCUGCGUCAGGCGGUAUCAUUGGCUCAGCUCAGACGGAUAUCACGAACCCCUAUGAAACUGUGCCAUGUCAGUGUUUGUACUGCUUUACAUGCAUUGCCCAGAAGCUCGAGGGGGAAGAGGGAGAGGCAUGGACCUGUCUCCGGUGCGGUGAGCUUGUGAAGCAGUGCAAGCCGUGGAAUGGAGAUGUGUUGGAAGAGUCUCAACCACAAUCACAGUCCGCUGCUGCUGCGGUUCCUGCUGUCCGGAAGAACGUCGAGUUUGCUGUGGCUGAUAGCCAUAUCGAAUCCUCUGACACCGUGGAUGACAGUGAUUCGGCGACUCGUAUAGAUAUUGAUGACGGAAUGAAUGAGACCAGCCCAUGGGCGGCUGUCGGCGUUGAAGAAACCGAUGACACCAGCGUUCACACCGAGCUGGACUUCAGGGGGUAG